CUCCCCUCCCCUCCUGGUUGUUUGCGACUGUGUGUCGGCCGGGUGGUAAUGCGCAAAGACGGGUCAUCGCUGCGCGAGCGGAAGAGACAGAGUCGCGUGGGGAAGGGACCCGGGGCCGCGGCGCAGGCAACGACUGCGUUUUAGUCGCUGAGCGGUCGGCCGGCCUGUUGCCGGCGAAGGCGCUCGCGGGGGUUGUGCGGAGGUGUGCGCGCCCUGCCGGUGGCGGCUGUGUCUCUUGGGAGAUGCUGUGACGGACCCGCGCGGGAGGAGCUCGCGCCCUGCCUCGCGCCCUCCUGGACUCGGCGGCCGCGGCCGCUCGGUCACCCGCCCUUCUCAGUGGAAGUAUGCGAGACCUAACAGCCCAAGUGACUGUAACAGCACAAUUCCCAGAAGUGACUAUCCAAGCCCUUGGAGAAGAUGAAAUAACAUUAGAAUCUGUGCUUCGUGGAAAGUUUGCUGCAGGGAAAAAUGGACUUGCUUGCUUGGCUUGUGGUCCGCAACUUGAGGUAGUAAACUCUCUAACAGGAGAGCGGUUGUCUGCAUAUAGAUUCAGUGGAGUGAAUGAACAGCCUCCUAUAGUCCUAGCUGUGAAAGAAUUCUCUUGGCAGAAGAGAACUGGAUUGUUAAUUGGAUUGGAAGAAGCAGAAGGGAGUGUUCUCUGUCUUUAUGACCUUGGUUUAUCAAGAGUGGUUAAAGCAGUUGUUCUUCCUGGAAGGGUAACAGCUAUUGAACCUAUAAUUAAUCAUGGAGGAGCCAGUGCAAGUACUCAGCAUUUACACCCAAGCCUGCGAUGGCUUUUUGGUGUGGCAGCUGUGGUAACUGAUGUUGGACAGAUCCUUCUUAUUGACCUGUGUUUGGAUGACGUGUCAUGCAAUCAGAAUGAAGUAGAGGCAUCAGACCUUGAAGUUAUAACUGGUAUCCCAGCUGAAGUACCACACAUCAGAGAAAAUGUGAUACAAGAGGGACGCCAUCUGUGUUUUCAAUUAGUAAGCCCAUCAGGAACAGCUGUUUCAACCCUUAGUUACAUAAACCGGACAAAUCAGCUUGCUGUUGGUUUUUCUGAUGGGUAUCUAGCACUUUGGAAUAUGAAAAGCAUGAAAAGAGAAUACUACACACAGUUGGAAGGUGGAAGAGUUCCUGUAUAUGCUGUCACUUUUCAAGAACCUGAGAACGAUCCUCGUAAUUGCUGUUACUUGUGGGCUGUUCAGUCUACACAAGAUAGUGAAGGGGAUGUUUUGAGUUUACAUCUGCUUCAGCUGGCCUUUGGUGACAGAAAGUGUUUGGCAUCAGGACAAAUUUUAUAUGAGGGGUUAGAGUACUGUGAAGAAAGAUAUACACUGGACCUCACAGGUGGCAUGUUUCCUUUGAGGGGCCAGACUGGUAAUACCAAACUGUUGGGAUGCCAAACUGUAGAGAAAUUUCGAUCUCAUGGUGACAGGGAGGAAGGCAUGAAUGAAGCUUUGUCUCCUGAUACCAGUGUUUCAGUCUUUACUUGGCAGGUGAAUAUAUAUGGACAGGGAAAGCCUUCUAUAUAUUUGGGGCUUUUCGACAUAAAUCGUUGGUAUCAUGCACAAAUGCCAGAUUCGUUAAGAUCAGGAGAAUAUCUACAUAAUUGCUCUUAUUUUGCAUUGUGGUCACUGGAUUCUGUUGUAAGUAGGACUUCUUCACAUUACAUCUUGGAUAUAUUAGUACAUGAGAGAAGUUUAAGUCGAGGAGUUCCUCCUUCAUAUCCACCUCCUGAGCAGUUUUUUAACCCAAGUACUUACAACUUUGAUGCCACUUGUUUGUUAAACUCAGGAGUUGUUCAUAUAACUUGUAGUGGUUUUCAGAAGGAGACUUUGACUUUUUUAAAGAAAUCAGGACCAUCUCUCAAUGAAGUCAUUCCUGAUAGUUACAAUCGAUGUCUUGCGGCUGGCCUUCUCUCACCAAGACUUAUUGAUAUUCAACCUUCCAGUUUAAGUCAGGAAGAACAGUUAGAAGCUAUAUUGUCAGCAGCAAUCCAGACAAGUUCUCUGGGACUUUUGACUGGAUGUAUCAAAAGGUGGAUAACAGAAGAACAACCAAAUUCUGCUGCUAAUUUGCGCUUUGUUCUUGAAUGGACAUGGAAUAAAGCGGUUCUCACAAAAGGGGAAUUUGACAGACUAUGUGCGCCAUUAUUUGAUGGUUCGUGUCGUUUCAUCGAUCCACAAACUAUACAGUCUCUCCAGCAGUGCCAUUUACUUCUUAGCAACCUUAAUAUAGUCUUAAGCUGUUUUGCAGCUGAGGCCCAAGAGAUCACCGAGAGAGGUCUUAUGGAUUUAAGCAAUAAGUAUAUGGUUACCCAGCUCAUCUGUCAAUAUGCACAAGUGGUUCUUUGGUUCUCUCAUUCUGGGCUUUUACCAGAGGGCUUAGAUGAUGCUGUGCAGUUGUCAAGGUUAUGCUACAACUACCCUGUAAUUCAGAACUACUACACCAGUCGUCGACAGAAGUGUGAGCGUUCAUCAAGAGGGAAGUGGAACCCUGAUUGCUUGAUGAUUGAUGGAAUGGUUUCUCAGUUAGGAGAUCGAGUAGAGAAGUUGUGGAAACGGGAUGAAGGAGGCACAGGAAAAUAUCCUCCUACUAGUCUACAUGCAUUACUUGACAUAUACCUACUAGACAACGUUACCGAAGCAAGCAAGCAUUCUGUUACUAUUUAUUUGCUACUUGAUAUUAUGUAUUCCUUUCCAAACAAAACGGAUACUUCCAUUGAAUCAUUUCCCACUGCCUUUGCCAUUUCUUGGGGCCAGGUUAAACUUAUUCAAGGGUUUUGGCUGAUAGAUCAUAAUGACUAUGAGAGUGGUUUGGAUCUUCUGUUUCACCCAGCUACUGUAAAACCUGUGUCAUGGCAACAUUCAAAGAUUAUUGAAGCCUUCAUGGGUCAGGGUGAGCACAGACAAGCCCUCAGAUAUAUUCAAGCAAUGAAGCCAACAGUGUCCAGUGGUAGUGAUGUUAUCCUUCACCUCACUGUUUUGCUCUUUAAUAGGUGCAUGGUUGAAGCCUGGAGUUUACUGCGACAGCAUUCUAAUAGGUUGGAUAUAGAGGAGUUGCUCAAGCACACAUAUGAAGUCUGUCAGGAAAUGGGCUUAAUGGAGGAUUUACUGAAGCUGCCAUUCACAGACACUGAACAGGAGUGUUUGGUGAGAUUUUUACAGUCCAGUGCCAGUGUUCAGAAUCAUGAAUUCCUUUUAGUUCACCAUUUGCAGCGUGCCAAUUAUAUUCCUGCCUUGAAGCUGAACCAAACUCUGAAGAUAAAGCUUAUGAAUGAUCGUGAUCCUCGUUUGCGAGAGAGAUCAGUGGCUCGAAAUUCUAUAUUAGACCAAUAUGGGAAAAUUCUUCCUAGAGUCCAGCGAAAAUUAGCCACUGAGCGAGCUAAGCCUUACCAUCUGUCAGCAUCAUCAGUUCUUCGAGAAGUUUCUAGGCCAAGACCAUUAUCAGCAGUUCCAAAGCAAGCUGUAACAGGAACUGUGUUAACAAGAUCUACUUUCAUCAGUAAUGUGUUAUCUAAAAUUGGAGAGGUCUGGGCAAGUAAUGAACCUAAAAAUAGCAUCUCUGUCUACAAUAGUCCUAAAAUAGAGGAACCAUCUCCUAUAGUAUAUUCCCUCCCAGAUCCAGAGCUGCCUGAGGCAUUUGUUGGAACACCAAUUUCAAAAGCAUCACAAAAAAUUUCUAGACUGCUGGAUUUGGUUGUUCAUCCUGUCCCCCAGCCUUCUCAGUGUUUGGGAUUUAUUCAGCAAAGCCCCACAAGAUCUCCUUUGUCCCUGGCGUCCACCUCAUUGCCAGUAAAUUCACAAUCAAAAGGAUCACGUCACAAUUCUUCCAGGGCUUCAGAAUUACAUUUACUUGAAACUCCUCUUAUAGUUAAGAAAGCUAAGACUUUGGCUAUGUCAGUUACUUCCCCUGGAUUUGCCGAGUUUACUCCUCAAUCCAUCCUAAGGUCUGGUCUUCGAACAACACCUUUAGCGUCUCCCUCUUUGUCACCUGGAAGGUCUCUUACUCCUCCUUUACGACUUAAAGAAACUAGAAUUUCAUUCAUGGAAGAAGGCAUAACCAUAAAAUGGACUGCUGGAGCUGCAGAUGACAGCAAAACAAAAGCAUUAAUUACUGCACCUUUCCAUAAAUGUGCAGUUCCAGCAGAAGCUGAAUGGCUGAAGAAUAAAGAUAAGGCAACAUCUUUUCCCCUGAAUAGCCCUGAAAAGGACCAUCAAGAAAUUAAUGUGAGGUCACAGGAUACAACUUCACAAAGUUUGGAGAAACUGGAUGUGAACAUAGAAAAUAGCAAUACUUCAACCAGAUCAGACCAGACUACCUUGGAGUAUCAGGAUGCUCCAUCACCAGAAGACUUUGAAGGUAUUUUCAUGGCCUCUAAGCCAGUGACACGCUCUUCCACUGAACAAAUUACUAAUUUAACUGAACAGACUGAGAACAGUGAUAAAGAUACAUUUGAAUUGGAAGUAACUCCUCCAGACCUGGAGAAACAAAUGGGCACUUUAGAAGAUGCAGAAACAAAGGUUCUCUUAGUUGCAGAGGGGGCACUUUCAGAAUUAAAUACCUUAAGCCCCAUUCAAGGAGUUGAAGCUUCUCUUUGUGUACCAUCAGUCUGUGAAGGGAAAAUCCUCACCCCGAAGUCCAAGGUACCUGUUUUAGACGAAGGACUAGUAUCUGUUGAAAGCUGUACCUCUACAAUUAGAGCAGGUAACAAUAAAUCUAUGGCUGAUGUUCUUGGUGAUGGUGGAAGCUCUGGGCUUGUUAUCUCUGAAGGCCCUAUUAUCUCUGAACAUAGGCUUGACCAGGAAACAGCACUGAACUUAAAAGAAGAUCAUGAAAUAGAAGUUGAUGUACUAAAAGCAAGUGUUGACUUACCAGAAGAAAAGCCUCCAAUUUCUGAUGAUUCUCCUGAUACUCAAGAAAUUCAUGUAAUUGAACAUGAAAAGCUUGAAGUUCAAGAUUCAGGACAAGAGGCUAGGAAUCUUUCAUUUAGUGAGUUGUAUCCCUCAGGAACUCUUAAGCUUCGAUACAAUUUUGAUACCAUUGAGCAACAGUUUUGUGACUUACCUGAUAACAAAGACUCUGCUGAGUGUGACAUUGCUGAAGUAGAUGGGGAACUUUUUGUGCCACAGAGCAACUUUACCUUGAUUUUGGAAGGUGAAGAAGGAGAAGUAGAGACAGGUGAUUCUGCAGCAUCUAAUGUGCUAGCUAAAGCAGCUAAUGCAGCCACUGAGGAAAAACAUGUAUACAGUGGGGAAAAUGAUAAUCACGGACAUGUUGCAAAUUUGCCAUCUGUCAUAACUAGUGAUCAGGAGUCCCAAAGGGUAGAGACAUUACCAUAUGUGCCUGAACCAAUUAAAGUAGCAAUCGCAGAAAAUUUAUUAGAUGUAAUUAAAGACACAAGAAGUAAAGAAAUUACUUCAGAUACAAUGGAACAGUCCAUUCAAGAAAACAUACCUUUAAUAAGCCAAAAGGUAAUGUGUUCCACCAAGUUAGCCAAAUCUACAUUUAAGACUGUUCAGGAAACGAGUACGGUGACUAUAAAUGUCAGCGAGGUUAAUGACAUGAUUUCCUCCAGAACUCGCAACAGAGGACGUGUCCAAAACCUGAAUGUCAAAUCGGCACAACAGGAAGAGUCAGCAGAUGUUGCUACUCCUGAGAUGCUGGGACUUUCAGUUAUGAAGAAAACUAGGAAAACAAAAGAAAUUUCAGGGGCUUUUGAAAGUGCCUGUUCUGAUGAUAAAGGAAUAUCUCAUAACCAGCAAAUACCUCAAAAUUCUAUUACUCCUAGGAGAGGAAGGAGAAAAAAAGAAAUUAAUCAAGACACUUUAGAAAAUAUUAAUUCUGUGGAACCAGAAUUACAGGUUACUCCAGGUAGGGAAUUAAGAAGUUUAAAAUCAUCUCAGCUGUUGGAACCAGCAACUGAAGAAACUUCUUUUAGAAAAGAAGUUAAGCUUUCAUCUGUUACAAAAAGGACUCCUAAACGAAUUAAAAAACCUCUCGAAAAUCAGGAAAGUGUUGAAGUUAUAAAUGAUCUGAAAGUCAGUAAAGUAUCAAGUCCUAGCAGAAGUACCAGGAAAUUGAGAAGUUCUAAUUUGGAAACUUCUAAAAAUACAGGAUAUAAACAAGGUGGGGAGUCCAUUGAAGAGCAACUGCCAAUUCAACAUAGUAAAAGGGUUAAAAAGAAAGAAGUUAGUGCGUCAGAUGUAAUAGAAGAUUCCAAACUUGGUUCAUCCCAGUUGACUCUUCAAGCAGAAUUUGAUACUCCUGCUACACCUAGGAAACGUGGUAGACCAAGAAAAAUUAAUCCAUCUGAAGAUGUAGACUCUAAGGCUGUUAAGGAAGCAAGAAGUCUCAAGAAGAGAGAAGGUCUCGGCAUCCAAAGGAAAUCUACAAGAAACACCCCAGCUAAAAGUGAAAAUGCUGAUGUUGGCAAACCAGCUUUAGAAAAAUCAGUUUUAGUGCCAAAUGAGGAACUUGUUACAGCGAUGAGCUCUAAGAAGAAGCUUACAAAAAGGACUGAAAACCAAAGCCAAAAACGUUUAUUACGCUCAAUAUCAGAAAAAUGCAUAGAUGAAGAAAUGACAGACGAACCAAAUGACCGAGAAGAAAAAUUGCUUGCCACAGUUGCUUUGACUAGAUCUUCCCAUAGCACAAGGACUAGAUCUAGCAAGACCAUCUUGUUGCCAGACCUUUCUGAACCAAAAAAUGAGUCUUUUUUAUUUUCUUCUCCUGUGUCAAAGGUUCCAAGGAAAGAGAAAGCUAAAAAAAUAGAGGCUCCUGUGCAGCUGCAAGAAUUAGUUUCGGAUUUAUCUUCUCAAUUUGUCUUCUCACCUCCUACUUUAAGGACCAGGCGGAAAAACACAUCUAAUACAUCCAAACUUGUAGCUGAACUGGAAGAUGAUGCUCAAUCAAUUGAAACUGUGGCAAAGCAACAAGUGAAAAGAACCAAGACUGCAAAAACAAAACAAGCAAGCAAAAACACAGAAAAAGAAAGUUGGUCACCUCCUCCAGUAGAAAUUAAGCUGAUUUCCCCCUUGGCAAGCCCAGUUGAUGGAGUAAAGAGCAAACCAAGAAAGACUGUAGAAGUAACAGGAAAAAGUCUUGGAAGGAGCAGGAAGAAAUUGUCUUCUUUUCCAAAGCAAGUUCUACGCAGAAAAAUGCUGUAAUUUUUUUCCAGUUUUUAACGUUCACCUAUUUGUAAAGUCAUCAGAAUUGUGUGGAUUAUUAAAAAUCAUCUAAUUUGGAAGAAAAAUAAUUUAUAUAAAUUAUUGUAAAUUUUUGUAAACAGAAUGUCUUCAAUAAGUAAAGUAACUCCAUAUGGAGUGUGAUUCUUUUAGUCCAGGCAGUUUUUUCUAUUUUAUAUAUUAAGACUUCAUACAUUUAUAUAAUAUGUAAAUAUAGCUUAUUAUUGGAAUGUUAAAUAAAGUGUAUACUUCACAGUA